AUGAGCGCACGCUCCGAGUCUCCUCUUGACGAGGAUCUGCCACAAUACGAAAUCUUCGUGGAUGCUGAAUACGACGAUGGCGAAAAUGAUCCUGAUUACGAGGACGACGCAAACGAAGACGACGAAAUCGAAGACGAUGAAGAGUUCCAUGAUGCUGAAGAAGAUGCCGGUUUAGAAAUUGCGGUUGAGGUACAAGCUGCGGGUGAUACCGACUCCGGAGCUGCUCAGGCUACGCACGAACGAACGGCUACUCAGAGGAGGUUGAUUAACCUCAUCACAAGGAGCAGAUCCGGAUUGCUUAACCAACGCCAAAUCUUCAAUUACUUGCGUAUGUCCAAUUUGGGCCACCUGCUAAUUGACGAUGAUGACGAGGACGAAGACGCCUGGCCGCCGAGGCGGCGAAGACGAGCAAAAGACCCAGAUCGGUUUCCCAAAGUCCCUAGCGAGAAGGGACGAGAGCUAAUGAAUUCGGGUACCUUCGGCUCCACUGAUAUUCGCACUUCCCUCAAUGACAGGAAACGUAUAGCGCGGAGGGUGCUAGAUCGUGAGCUGGGCAUAGGUAACUCGGCUUACCGGCGAGUCAACCAAAAGCUGAUGGCACAAUCAAUGAUCCCCACUACUGAAUGUGAGAGUAUUAUCAACUACGACGACCCCGUCUACUCUGGGCAGUUCUCGGAUGACGGCAAUUUCUUCUAUGCGGUUGUCAAGGACUUGAAGGUACGCAUGUACGACACGUCAAAUCCGUACAAGUGGAGGCACUAUAAAACAGUAAACUAUCCAGGCGGUUCUUGGACUUUAACAGACGCCUCUUUGAGCCCUGACAACAAGUGGCUAGCCUACACAACGCACCAGAAAGAUGUCUGCUUGGCCCCAACGGACCCGAAUGAUACCGGUGAUCCCUACCUCCUCGAUCUUGGAGACAGCUCUUCCCGAUACGAAAAUCGCUUCAGCAUCUUUUCGAUUCGAUUCUCAGGUGACGGCCGGGAGCUGGUCGCCGGCACUGGCAAGAACGCAAUCAUAGUCUACGAUAUCGAAUCGCGGCGUGUGCUCCACAGCAUUAAAGGCCAUUUUGACGAUGUUAAUGCGGUUUGUUUCGCCGACAAAUCCUCGCCCCAUAUCCUGUAUUCCGGAUCGGAUGACACAACAAUCAAGGUUUGGGACCGACGGAGUAUGGGCGAUGGCCGCGAGGCAGGGGCCUUUGUAGGCCACAUUGAGGGUUUGACCUAUAUCGACAGCAAAGGGGACGGCCGGUAUAUCCUCUCCAACGGCAAAGAUCAGAGUAUGAAGCUCUGGGAUCUGAAGAUGAUGUACACGACCGCCCGAUUCAACGAGUUGAAUCCGAGGCAGCACGUGGAUGGCGACUUCGACUACCGCUUUGGAGCAUAUGACGACGCCGACUGGUUCCCACACCCAAACGACAACUCAGUAGUCACGUUCCGCGGUCAUAAGGUGAUUCGCACGCUGAUUAGGUGUCACUUCUCGCCUCCGGGAAGUACAGAUUCGCGGUACGUGUACAGCGGCAGUCACGAUGGUAAGGUCUACAUCUACAAUAUGGAUGCUACCCUUGCUAGCACCAUCGACGUCAAUAAGACGACGCAGAAUGUACGGGCUCUACCACGUAGCUGGAGGCGGUAUCAUCAAAGACGGCGCUUUGACAAUUGGAGCACCUGUGUACGGGAUGCGAGUUGGCAUCCCAACGCACCGUUCAUCGCUGCAUCAUCGUUGAACGGCUGGGAUAAGUCUCUAGGUACAGUUACAGUGCAUUCGUAUAACGAGGCCAAGCUCGAUGAAGCACAGCCGAGAAUGGGCACGGGAUACAAUGACAAGUUGAGACAGGUUAGCCCAUGCGGUAGCGGUGAUGAGGAAGAGGAUGAUGAGUAUCACGAGGGGGAGGAUGUGGAAGACGACUCUGACAACGCAAACGGGUACGGAUGGCGCAUCUGGACUUAA